GCAUGCGCUAAACGUCACGGGCACGUCAUAACCCGGAAGUGCGUCCCUGUAGUGGAUGCGGAAGUGGCGAGACAGCCGUGGAGGUCGGAAUCCUUAAACAAAAAAAAAAAAAAGUUUUUCUGGAUGACUGAGCAAUGCUAGGUCGAGGAUGGGACACGCCUUGUGUAUCUGCUCUCGCAGUUCCAUCACCAUCGACAACAAGAGAUACUACUUCAUCCAGAAACUCGACGAGGGCGGUUUUAGCUACGUCGAUCUGGUUGAAGGAGCUCAGGACGGCCGUUUCUAUGCUCUGAAGCGAAUCCUGUGUCAUGACCGAGAGGGAAGGAAAGAGGCGCAGACGGAGGUGGAGAUGCACCGGAUGUUCAACCACCCCAACAUCCUGAGUCUGACGGGCCACGCUGUCAUGGAGCGUGGAGGAAAGAGCGAGGCCUGGCUCCUCCUGCCGUACAUCAGUAAAGGAAGUCUGUGGUCCGUCCUGGAAAAGCUGAGGGAUAAAGGUAGCUCCAUGCCGGAGAGCCGGAUCCUGCACAUUUUCCGUGGCAUCUGUGAAGGUCUGAAGGCCAUCCACGACAAGGGAUAUGCACACAGAGACUUGAAGCCCACCAACGUGCUGCUGGAGGAGAACGACAAGCCGGUGCUGAUGGACCUCGGUUCCAUGAACAAAGCCCGGAUCGAAGUGAAAGGUUCCAGAGAGGCCAUGACCGUGCAGGACUGGGCAGCUCAGAGAUGCACCAUCUCCUACAGAGCACCUGAGCUUUUUAACGUGGAGAGCCACUGCAUCAUUGAUGAAAAGACGGAUAUUUGGUCACUAGGGUGUGUACUAUACUGCAUGAUGAUGCUGGAAGGACCGUACGACUUGGUGUUUCAGAAAGGAGACAGCGUCGCUCUCGCUGUCCAACCGGUCGCCAUUCCACAGUCAUGCAGCUUCUCUGAAGGACUCCAGACGCUCCUGAGCUCCAUCAUGGUGACGAACCCUCAGGAGCGACCCGACAUCAACUGGGUCCUCGAGCGGGUCAGGAACCUCCAGAGUUUAGAUGGAGCAGCGAUGGAAACUGACCGAGUAUGAUGAAGGGAGAGUUCUUUUUAUCUUCUUCUGUGUGGACUGUUCUUUUUAUUAUUAUUAUUACUUUUACCUCAGUAAACACAUUGAGUACAUGUCUUACAUCAUGCAGGCCCACACACACCUGAAUCAUCUCCUGUCACAUCACACUAGCCUUUUUGCUAACUCAGUGUACUGAUUAGCAUCAAUAGAUUGUGAGCUACAUUAGCCAUCCAGGUUAAAUUCAUCUACCUGUUAUUAAUAGUACCUCAGCCACAGCUAACUACUGCUAGCAAAACUAUUACUAUAUAUAUAUAUAUAUAUAUAUAUAUAUAUAUAUAUAUAUAUAUAAUCUCUAUCUGUGUGUGUGUGUGUGUGUGUGUGUGUGUGUGUUACUCGACUCGGAACCCAGAACUAAUUAGCUAGAAGCUAGUUAAAAUAGGCUAAUUAUUAUAUAUUGUAAUUAUAGACAGACAGCUAACGGUGAUAUCGGAGUACAAUUAGACUGGUUAUAUUUUGCGGCUAAGAUCAAUAGCUAACUAAAAAAAAGGCAACUAAAAUAUAAUAAUUAGCAAACAGUGAAUAGCUAAAUAUAGCUGGGGGUCACUAUUUCUUAAGCUUGCUAAUAUCAUGCUAAUUAUAUGAUAUGAAAAUUAUAUUAUACUAUAAAGCAGGAAUUUUUUUUAUGGUUUGAUGACCAGGAGCAGUGUUUUAUGCUGUUUUAUUUAAGUGUCUUAUUCUAGAAAUGUAUUUUCUUUUUUAUUUGUUAAAACUAAAGAUUAAUGAAGUGAACAGUGAAAGUGUGUGUGUGUGUUUGUGUUUGUGUUUGUCAAGUUUUUAAAUCAGGCCAGUGAACAGAUAUUCGCCAGUGCUGGAAGUCACGCCCGUUCUACUUAGCUUGUCUGAGAAACUUAACGCUAUAGACCUAGCUAACAUUAGAAUCGUACAUGCUGAGUUAGCGGUAUUUAUUCGAUACGCAUCAAAAAUUCAUACAUCAUUCUCCUCCUGUCCCCGAUGCCUCAUCGAUGUAUCGUCCCAGCCUUACACUGAGGUACCAGGGAAUCAUUGGGUUUAAAAGGCGUGCGUUUACGUUCUUCAUCGUUCCAAUUCUUAAAGUUUCAUGGCAUCUUCACAUUUUUAACUGCAUAGGACACGGGAAGCUUGGAGGUAUUAGCCAAUAGAAAAAGAGUAGGCGGGGCCGUGGCUACUUGGGAACAAGGUACUGUUUAUUCUGUGGUGAUUUUCUUACUAACAAUUCCACAUUGUUUGGCCACACGUUCUGUAGCUUUACUUUAAAACUUUAUUUAUUAGCAAACAAUAUUUUCUCCUUUUCUUUUAAAGGGAAAUUGGUAAAAAAUAAUGCAAUGAUUUUCUCACUUAAAAGUAAGAUAUUGUUACAUAUCAGGUUUUUUUUCGCACAGAUUUUGUGAUAAGUUGUUGCUCAGUUGGUGAAUUACGUCAGCUAACGUUCAUGUCAACCAUGAUGUGGUUCUGAGUAUCACGAUGUGUGAUGGAACCGAAUUUCUGUUUAUGCAUUUCUUGGGACCUCUUUCUUGACUAGUUUCAUUGUUUGUUUUUUUUUUUUGUUUGUUUUUCUUAAACCUUGGGGUUCAUUUGAGUGUGAACGAGUUUCUGAGGUUCGUAUUGUCAUUGUAUUUUAUCUGUACGUAUUUUGACAGAGGAUCAAGACUGUAAAUAUACGUCUCUUGUUUUGUUUUUACUUCACUUUGAUUAAAAGGAAUUCAUGCUUUCAA